AUGGCUGCGGAAGUGCCGCCACAAAAGCCUGAUAUUUUGAUCAUGGAAAGUACAUACGGGACGCAUUUGCACGAAAAGCGAGAAGAAAGAGAACAUAGAUUUACCUCCGUCAUUCACGACAUCAUCAACAGAGGUGGUCGAUGUCUGAUUCCAGUCUUCGCCCUCGGAAGAGCUCAAGAGCUGUUGUUGAUUUUGGACGACUACUGGGCACAGCACUCGGAGCUGCACGAUAUUCCAAUUUACUACGCCUCGACUUUGGCAAAGAAGUGCAUGAGUGUAUAUCAGACAUACACAAACGCGAUGAAUUCGAAAAUUCAAAAAGCAAUAACAACGAGGAAUCCUUUUCAGUUUAGACAUAUUUCGAAUUUGAAAGGAAUGGAACAAUUCGAUGAUGAUAUCGGCCCAUCUGUAGUUCUAGCGUCGCCUGGAAUGAUGCAGUCUGGCCUCAGUCGCGAACUGUUUGAAAAGUGGUGUACGAACAAAAGAAACGGGGUUAUUCUCGCGGGCUACGCGGUUGAAGGAACGCUCGCUCAUCAAAUUAAAACUGAACCUGAUGAAAUUACGACCCUUUCCGGCCAAAAGCUGCCGCUGAAAAUGCAAGUUGAAUACAUGUCAUUUUCAGCUCACGCUGAUUACAGGCAAAUUUCGGAAUUCGUGCGUGAAAUAAAACCGCCACAUAUCGUGCUGGUACACGGAGAAGCAAAUGAAAUGGGAAGGCUAAAACGACAGCUGGAUAUUGAAUACGAACACGAUGCAGAAACGGAUAUUACGAUUCACAUGCCAAGAAAUGCGGAGAAAGUGAAGUUCCACUUCAGAGGAGAGAAAAACGCAAAAGUCGUUGGAUCACUAGCUCAUUACUUGCCAAAGCAAGAAGACGAGAUCGAAGGAAUUCUAGUCAAGAAAAAUUUCAACUACAAAAUCGUCGCUGCUAACGAUUUAAAAACGCACGCUGAAUUGGAAACAACUCAAGUGAAGCAAAGAUUGUCCGUCGACUUCCAUGCGCCAGCGGAUUUGCUCAAAUUUUACUUGGAACAGUUGAGCUACGAUGUGAAAGAAUUCGGCAAUCCAUGCGAUCGAAAGAAAGUGAAGCGCGGGGAUGGGAAAUGCGGUUUCAUAGUUUUCCGCUGCAUCAGAAUAGUCUUCGACGAAGCGAAUAACAUGGUCAUUCUUGAGUGGAAAUCAACUCCAACAGCCGAUGCUUACGCUGAUUCUGUCCUAGCCAUGGUCAUUCGAGUUGAUACAGAAGCAAAGGUCACUGCCAAGCCUCAAAUUAUCCAUCCAGAAGGGGGAGAAAAGUUUCUUCAAGAGAAAUUCGAAAUGAAGUGCAGAAUUUUAUUAGAAACGAUGUAUGGAGACGGAGCAGUGGAGGAAACGAAAGAUAGUGAUGUGAUUAUUUUGCACGCAGACAACAAAAAAGUAGAGAUCAAUGUGAAACAACUCACGGUUGAAUGCGAGGAAGACGAGAAACUCAUGGAAAUGGUUCUUGAAACGGUACACAGACUGUACACUGCUGUAAUGCCCAUUCCUACGCAGGCGCUCUGCUGA